AUGAUACCACCGUAUGAGUUAAAAUUUAUUAACAAACAAAGAACAGGUAAUUUAUUAUAAUUACAGCAUUAAUGACAAGGGCGACUAUAUUUCUUUUGCAGCCUCCACCCGCUUCGCUUGGUUAUCGUCACCCCGCCUCUUCUUGCCCUCGUCUCGAUCUGAGAUAUAUUCCACAGAAAUCAAUAAUGUUUAGCUUCCGACGUAAAAUACCGUUAAGUGACACGUGUUUCUGCUUUGACUAUAAACAAAACGGCCACCUGUCGUUAUUAGAAAAAUCGGUAAAUUUCAGAGACGACGACAAAGUAUAACUGUUAAAGCUAGCUUCUGUUAAUUUUGUUUAACCCCAGGUAAGACAUGCUAUAACUGACACACGAUCAAAAGCAUUCCAGCUGUGACCAUCCCGUCUUUUUAUAUAUCGAAGGCUACAUUAUUAUCUAAAGUGUUCUUCCUUCACUUUUGAGACGACAGGUUGUGAUUUAAAGAAGAAGGUGUUAUUAAUUACGAUUGGAACGGACACCGACAGAGGUUUUUUUCUCCCCCAUUUAUUUAUUUACAUUCACAUUUUCAGUUUCACUUUGAAUAUUCUCUCUUCCGGAAACAUUUUCUGAUUAACUGGGAAAUACUAGAAGGUAUAUGUUUAACUUUAAAUCAACAGUUAUUGUUUCUGUUUCUUGAUCAGCUUUAAAAAAAAAACUAACAAACAAACAAAACAAAACGUUUUAUCUUUGGUAAAGAAAACGAAGAAUACAGAAUACGGUUGUGAUGAGUAUCUUUUCUUUAAUUUAUGUACUUCUGUUAAUAUGUUUGAAAGAAACAGAAGGAAGGAAAGUACUUUUGAGAGACAUUAAAACCAUAACAUUAACUCAAGGCCAAAUGACCAGCGCAAGAAGAUCUUCGCCAGUGCCACAAUUAAAAUGUACGGGAGGAUCGGCAGGUUGUCGUAGUUUCGUCCCUAACAAUGUCCAGUGUUACAACAAAGGAUGGGACGGUUUUGAUAUUCAAUGGAAAUGUGAAACAGACAUGAAGAAAAAAUAUCGUUUCGGAAAGAUUGCUGUGUCUUGUGAAGGUUACGAUUACCCCAAUGACCCUUAUAUUCUUGCAGGAUCUUGUGGUUUGGAAUAUGAAAUUGACUACAUAAACACACACCGUAAACACUCAAGCAAAUUUACUAAAAGCUCUCAUCAUUCUAUUAACUCCGGUUUUGAGUUUGGUGAAAUUAUUUGGAUACUUUGCGUAUUACUUUGCAUCUUACUUGUAUAUCGUCUCUGUCUCAGCCGUAAUAAUAACAGGUGCAGAAUGUUUACAAAUUCAAAUAAUUCUGGUGAAAUGCCACCCGGAACUUACCCGAGAGAUCCACCACCACCCUACGGCUUUAGGCCGGAAUAUUACCCGCAACAAAACACUAAUAGUUUCGAAGACUCUCAACAACCAGGCUUCUUUUCUGGUAUGGGAACUGGUGGUGUGUUGGGUUACGUCCUAGGUAAAGAGCCUGGUUAUUCCCGUUGUGACACUUCCCCUGGUUAUCACCAUUCCAAUGAUUACCAUCCUCCGUCAGACUGGUUUGGAACUUCUCAGUCCUCGCAUAAUUAUGUAUCUUCAAGUGAUUCGAGUGACGAUGAUGACUCAAGGGCAGCAGUUGGUUUCGGCGGGACAACACGGCGAUAAAAUAAAAUAGUUUUCUACUAAUUUG